AUGAAGAGUGGAGAUGGCGGCACGGAUGAUGAUACUCCUCCGUUCGACGAGUCUCUACCCUGUCAACGCACCGGCACCGAAGCUCGGCCUCAGCCUCAGUCCGUCAAGGGCCCCACGCAGCAGCAGCCUUCGACGUCGACCACGUUGGGCGUGGAGAACUACGCCUCGCAGCGUCCGCUCCCGCAGAGGCACUCCAGCUCAGACGACACCUUCUACUCCUUCCCCCCGACCUCCCCGAGUCAAGCCUCGUCCGCGUCUGCAUCUGUCUCUGCCUCUGCGUUCGGGUCCCCAAGCAUCCCUUUCCCCGCUGCUGACUCGUGGUUCCUCCCCCACCAUCACCACCGCGGCGAACCCUUGUUCAAUUCCGACGAGAACAUCACAGUGGUCAUCCGAGGGGACCAUUUCUCCCCAUCUUCCGUCUCCCCCGACAGCACAAGGCAAUCGUCACCAGUGGAAGACCAGGCCCACGAUUUCGGGGUGGCAGAGGUUCAGUCACCUGCCGCAACGACGCUUCCCGUCCUCGCGAUGCCCCGCCCCUCGUACCCCCACCCGUCAAUGGAACGCUGGUCGCACAUCGACCUCCCCGUUCCCGUCAUCGGGGGGCUCGCAACGUCUGCAUCAGCGUCGACCCACAGCCGCUCCUCCCACUCCUCGGUCUACGUGAUUCCUGGGGAGGCGAUCACCUCAGAGGACAUAUCACCUACCUCGCGCUACCCCGUCCAGCCGCGCCCUUUCACGCCCGACCAGCCCCGCCACGUCCUCCCCCACCUAACGUCACCCGCCAGCCAGCGCUCGGGCGGCCUCAACUCCGAUGAGACGCUCUUCCAUCCUCAGGACGGCGACGAGAGGGGCGAGGCGGACUCAGGGGAGGACUAUGUCCCCGAGAUGAAGGAGACGUACGGCGAUGGCGGUGCACAUGGCGCGCUGAAGAAAGUGAGCCCCCUGCGGAAGAAAUCGCCCAUUGGCCGCGCAUCCUUAGAUGCUUCUAAGGAACGUCCUUCUAUCCCUGGCGCACCCCCUACGCACCCCCUCCUCCCUCCACCGCCGCCGCCGCCCCCUCCCCAGUCAUUCAGCUCCGACCCCUACUUCGCACCCGACAUCAUCUACGACUCCUCCGAGGAACUCUCCGUCAUCCGCGUCCUCGACACGCGGCUCCUCCCCUGGAUCCUCAUCUCCAUCUUCGUACUCAGCAUGGACCGCACGAAUCACUCGAAUGCGAUCUCGGACAAUUUGCCGCAAGACCUGGGGUUUGAUAUCGAUACGGUGAAUGUGGGCGCGGCGGUGCACUCGACGCUGUUCUUUGUGUUUUGUUUGGUGGGUGCGGUGGCGGCGAAGAUUGUCGGCCCAGCGCGAUUCAUUCCGAUAUUGAUGUUCGCGUGGGGCAUGAUCACUGUUGCACACGCGUUCAUACGGAACAGGAGGGAUUACCUCGCCGGCGUCAUACCGUCGAUACUCGUUUACUUCGGGCGGUUCUACAAGGGCAACGAGUUCGCGACCCGGUUGGCGUACCUGUGGAGCGCGCAGAUGAUAGGCAGCGCCGUGAGCGGGCUCUCGGCCAGCGGGCUCCUGCACCUGCGCGGGAUCUUCAAGAUGGAGGGUUGGCGGUGGUUGUUUCUGACGGACGGCGUUAUUACGAUCGUCCUGGCGAUAUUCACUUGGUUUUAUCUUCCCCGCCACGCCGCGCAUACUACCGGAGGGAUACGCGGGAAGAAACCGUGGUUCACGGAUCGGCAGGUGCAGGUCAGCGUGACGCGGGUCGUGAGGGAUGAUAUUGCGAAACGGAGGUUGGACAAACCUGUAACGUGGGCCGAUGCGCGAGACACGUUCUCGGACCCCAAAAUAUGGAUCCAUGUUCUGAACACGACGAUUGGCUUGACGCCGAUGACGCCUUUGCAUACAUGUACGUUACCUCCUUCACCAUCGUUGCAAUUUCCUUUGUCAAACGUCUUCGCUGCUAAUGCACUUACUGCUCCCCCUCAUUUCCUUCAAGCUAUUUCCACCAUCCUUUUGAUACGGCAUUCCGAUCGUGUGAGAGAACGUGGGUUUCACGGUGCUAUAGGAACCGGCUGGCAACUCGUCGGGUGGUUUCUUCUGCUGUUCCUGCCUUCCGGAACGCCAAGGAUCGUCAAAUACUUUGCUGCCGUCAUCGUCGCGUCCUAUCCAGCGGUCCACCCCCUCAACGUGGCUUGGAUGGCCGAGAAUGCUGGGAGCAUAGGAAAGAGGGUCAUAGCGACUGGCGCAAUGAGUGGAUUCUCCGCUAUCCAUGGAACUUGGGGCUCGCAAAUAUAUCGUGCGGACGAUGCACCUGACUUCCGCAGAGGCAACUCCAUCAACGUGGCAUUCGCCACGACGGCCCUCUGCAUGUGGCUCGUCCAGAAAUACUACUACCAGUACCUGAACCGGAGGCACGCGAAUCGGUACGCUGAGCUCACGCCAGAAGAGCGAGAGCGAGAAGAGUUGUUAGAGGAAGCAAAAGGAAAUUCAAGUGUUCUGUUUAGAUUCGUAAGCUGA